AUGUUUGUGCACGUCCAUACAAACGACACUUGGAGUGUGUGCUCAGGCGUGGUUGAUAAUGUCGAGAUCCUGGGAGCCACUUCAGCUCCGAGCCUGGAAAAGAUCGUGCAACACGAGUUUGUUGGCGACACCAAAGAUGGCGGUCUGGCAAUCUGCUUAGCCCAAGUGGAUGGUCCUGCAAUACCCCUCUAUUUACAGGGGCCGGAUGGAGCGAAGGUCGAGGGGUUGACCGGAGGGUUGUUCACACGGAUUGACGACAUCAGCUCUGCCACCUCGAAGGGUGAAGUCAAUCAGAUCAGGCUGGCAUCUGGAGACUCGAGCAAACUGCACGCGGGCUGCCAUUGUGGAGGAGUGAAUUUCCUCAUCACCCGGCCCAAUGCUCUCUCAAAGCAAUGCUGGUCGCCGUGGCCCGACUUGAUUGUCCCAUACCAUUCUUCGAGCUCAGAGAACCGCGAAGACGUCAAAUGGUGGCUGCGUGCAAAUGAUUCGAAAUACUUGGCAGGCACUUGUGCAUGCAGGUCUUGCAGGUUAGGUUCUGGGUCCCCAAUUCAAGCUUGGGCGUUUAUUCCCAAAGCAAACUUGCUUCAGCUCGACGGCAAGCCGCUGGACUAUAACAUGGAAACUCUCAAGCAGAUCGAGAGUUCCAAGGGCUGUUUCCGUGAAUUUUGCCGCCGUUGCGGAGCUACAGUCUUCUGGCAUUGCCUUGAAAGACCGGGCCUGGUUGAUGUGAGUGUAGGGCUCCUGCGAGCGUCCGAAGGGUCGAGAGCAAUGUCUUGGUUGAACUGGUGGACCGAAAGGGUUAGCUUUAGAGAGGAUGCUCUUGAUGAGAUGCUCAUCGACAAUUUGGAGAAAGGGCUGCAGGCUAUCGAAUUUGGCGGAUGA